UGUUUUACACUGAUUGCUUUUACACCCAUAAAGGCUGUAAAAGCAAUAAUUCUCCUUCUCUCUGGCUGCAUUCUUCAUUGCGCAUACUCUUAUGAGAUUUUUGUUCACAUGGUACAAGGCUGCAUUCAUUUUGUGAAUAGCCUUGUACCAUGUGAUCUCUGUGAUCAUUCACAGAUAUCACACGUAGUAAGCAAUGAUGUCAGAAGUGACAUCUUGCUUACUACUAUUCAUGUGAUUACUGAUUGGCCAAUCAGUGAUCACAUGAUCGGGACCUCACACAGAGGUCCUGUACAAUGAU